AUGGUGUCAGAUACUUCAGAAGGUAGAACGAUAUUUAUCAGAAACCUAUCCUUUGAUGUGGAAGAGGAUGCAUUAUACACAUUUUUUUCACAGUUCGGACCCCUAGAAUUUGCGAAAAUAGUUAAAGAUCCAGCAACACAACAUUCCCGAGGUACAGCCUUUGUAAAGUUUGUAAAUGCUGAGGAUGCAUCAAAUGUCUUACAACAAUCUGAUAAACCUGAGAACGCUCAUCAAUUUUCUUUGGAAAACCGAACUUUAAAAAUAACAAUUGCUGUUUCUAGAACAGAGGCACAAAAUCUACGAAAAAGGAAACACGAAGAUGAUGCUUCGGAGGGUCUUAUAGGCCCUGCAGAUGCUGUAAAGCAAAAGGGACGUAAUUUGCAUUUAGCAUCUAUUGGAAUUAUUCGUCCUGGGUCAUCUGAAGCUGAAGGUUUAAGCAAAGAAGAUUUAGCCAGAAGGGAUGCAUUAUUGCGAGAGAAAAAGAAAAAACUAACUGAUCCAAAUUAUUUUAUUAGUGAUGUUCGAUUAUGUCUACGUAAUCUACCCUUACAUGUAUCCGAUGAUGACUUAAAGUCUGCUUGCAUGAAAUUUCUAAAGAAAAGUACAGACCACCGAAUUUUAGAAUGUCGUAUUAUGCGUAAUCUUCAACCAGGCAGACAACAAUAUCGUUCACUUGGCUAUGGAUUUGUUGCAUUUACCAAUCAUGAAAAUGCAUUAAGUGUAUUGUAUGGUUUAAAUAAUAAUCCGAAUGCAUUCCCACCUAGUAAUCGACGACCAAUUGUUGAAUUUUCUUUGGAAAAUAUGAGAGCGUUACAAUUAAAACAGAAAAGAGCAGAAAAAUGUUUGAUGCUUCAGUCUAAAACCAAAGAAUCAUCAUCAUCAUCAACACCACAAUUAUUCACAAAGAAUAUUGAAAGGAAUUCACAAAAGACUAAGUCUAUAUUAACAUCAAAGUCAUCUAAUUCAACAAUAUAUAAAAAGUCUAAAAUGAAUAAUAAUCCUAAUUAUAUUAACAAAUUAAAAAAGAAAUUAUAUUUAUCCAAAAAUAAUACUCAACAAAAAUCAUCAAUUUUACCAAAACAUUUCGGUCCAAAAAAACGUCAUCGUCAUCGUGGACGAUUAGCGGCAGCAGCAGCAGCAGCAGCAUCAAAACCAAAACAAAAGAAAACUCGAAAACAAAAACGUGCAGCUAAAAAUACAUAA